AUGAUGGGUGAACAGGAUAAUCCUAGUGAUUCUACGGAUUAUUUGACUCCUUUGGUUGAGUCCCCUUCUGCUGGUUGGUCCGUUGGUUCGCUCGCGGACUAUUUUGGAAUUCCUGUAGAAAAGCCCAUUUCUACGAAUUGUUGGCUUUUCCGUGCUUACAAUAAAAUUUACAAUGAUCAUUUUCGUGAUGAGAAUUUGAUUGAUAGUAUCCCUGAGAAUCGUGGUGAUGGUCCUGAUUCGGCUGAUGACUAUGUAUUGCGGAAGCGUGGUAAGCGUUGGGACUAUCUCACUGGCUGUCUUCCGUGGCCUCAGAAGGGCCCUGGUGCCAGUAUCGGUCUCGCUGGUGAUGCUCCUGUGCAUGGUGAUAUUAACGGUCUUCGUUUCACUGAUGGCACUACUAGUUAUGUUAUUGCUGGUCGUUCUGGCGGUACUACUGCUAAUGGGAUGCCCCUUUAUGCUGUUUCUACUGGUUCUCGUCUGGAUGUUGGUGCUACCGCUCCUUCUUCUGGUCUGACUUUGAAUGCUAACCAUGUUCUUGGUGUGCGUUCUGCGUCUGGUAAUUCUGGUCUUGUUGCUGAUCUCUCGGAAGCGGCAUCCGAACGUUGGGCCGAGCUUCGUUAUGGUUCGUCUAAAAUCACUGGUAAGCUCCGCUCUGGUGUGGCUCAGUCUCUUGAUGUUUGGCAUCUUGCCCAGCAUUUCACGACUGUUCCUACUCUUAGUCAGCAGUUCAUUGAGGAGAAUCCGCCGCUUAAGCGUGUACUUGCUGUACAGGAUGAGCCUGAGAUUAUCUUUGAUAGUCUGACCACUUGUAAUACUGUUCGGUGUCUUCCGACUUAUUCUGUCCCCGGUCUUGUUGAUCAUUUUUAA